GUCUGGAAUCGAAAACAAGCAAACGGCUCAACACGUGCACGUGGUUUAUCUUCAAAUAAUUUCUCUUUUUGCGACUGAAUUAUACUUUAUCGUUCACACAUUCUUCAAAAAUGAAGGUCAGGAAGUCGAUGACCAAGCCCCGGACCAGUCUGGUUUCGAAAAAGCCCAAAAGUCCGAAGCUGACUGAAAAAGUUGCCAAGAAAAGCAAGAAAGUGAAAAACGCCAGCGGUGUCGUUUAUCCUCCCGAAAACCUAAUCAAGCCGGAUUUGCAGCAAGAAAUCGUGGAGAAGGCGGCGGAAAGUUUGCUCAAACUUCACGCAAAGAGCUUGGGGGACAAAGUCAAUUUGCUCGGCGGAAAUGAGGGAGAACCCAUUUUCCUCAACUUUUCCCAAUACAGAAUGUUGGACGGUCCAUCUAGAAUCCUGCGAAUGGACUUGCCUCACUCGCUCUUGGAGGAGACGAGCGACGUGGCCCUCAUUGUGCCCGACUUGGAGCACAAGACGAAAAACCCUGACAACGAGGCAGUCGCCCAGUUGUACGAAAGCAGAUUGAGGGCGCGUGGAUUGAAGCAGCGCAUUCAGAUCAUCACCCUGCGACAAAUCAUGACCGAAUACAAAACCUAUGAGUCCAAACGAAAGCUGUGCAACUCAUUUGACUUGUUCCUCGCUGAUGGAAGAAUCAUUGGUAGAUUGGUUCCUCUUCUGGGAAAGCAUUUCCAAACAGCCAAAAAGAAUCCUUUCCCUGUCAGAACUCAACCCAUUGCGACGUUAGUGACUUCAAUUCAUAAAGCCAUGAGCAAGACGAUGAUGCCUUUGAACUCCAAAGGCAAUUCAAGGACAACUAGGAUUGGCCACACCAACAUGGAACCUUCACAGAUUGCUGAAAAUGCCAUCGAGGCAACUAAAGCUAUCUGCAAAGAAUUACCAGGAGGUUGGCCCAACAUUCGGAAUAUGCAUCUCAUUAGUUUGAGGACCCCCUCGGUGCCCUUCUACAUGUCGAUCAAAAAUCCAAAUGAGAUCAAGAUAACAAGCACUAGGAAAAUUGUGAAGCAUGACAGGCCAGUGGAGGGCGAACUGACCACCACAGUCUUGGACAACUUCCGAGUCCGAGUGAUGCCGGAUGGCGAAGUUGAGAUGAUCGACGACGAGGGCAAAAUUUUGUCCAAGAAGAGAAAGUUGGAGGCCAUGAAGGACUUGGGCAUGGAAAGAAAGAGGAAGUACGCAGCUGCGGACGCUGUUUUGCUUGCUUCUGAAGAGGGAGACAAAGACGAGGAGGAUGAGAACGUCGUAAGAGUUGUGCCCAAGUUUGAAGAUGCUGACAUGGAUGCCGAAUUUGAGGAUGACGAUGUGGAAGAUGAAUUGGAGGAGGAAAUUAAAGCGGCAAGCAAAGGAAAGGGAUCGAAAAGGAAGAAGAAAGAAGUUGUCGAGAACAGUGAUGAAGAGGAGGAGCAAGCUGUUCGUGGUUACGAGGAUGCUUAUUUGAAUGAACUGGAACUUGAGACAAAAGAAAAGGCAAAGAAGGCUAAGAAAAAUGCCAGAAAGGAACCAACAGAAGAAGUGAAACCCAAAAAGAAGGGCAAGAAAAAUGUCAAAGUGGAAACAAUGGAAGAAGUGAGACCCAAAAGGAAGGGCAAGAAAAUUGUCGGAAAGGAAACGACACAAGAAGUGAAACCUAAAAGGAAGGCUGCGUCAAAGAAGGAAGAUGCGCAGCAAAUAAACACCAAGAAAGAUGCCUCAAAAGAAAAAGCAGAGAAGAAAGGUAAGAAGAUGGCCACACCGAAAGCUUCCGAAGCACCCAAAAAGAAAAAGAAGUAGAUUUUAAUCAAUUAUUUUGUUUGGAAUAUAAAUGAGGCAUUUAUAAAUAAAAAACAAUCAUGUUGCUUACUCAA